CGAGACGCCGCGUGCACGAGAGCUUAGCAUACGAUUGGCUCUUCAUAGCGAUCAGCGGUCUCGAUCAUGUCUGCUUCCGAAGUUAAUUUUUCAAAAACAAUCGGAAUUGAGAGUACGUUCUCCGAGAUCGGAUCUCGUUGAAGGAUAUCGUAAACGAAAGCGUGUACUAUUAGUAGAUUAUUGACGGCGAAGCUUCGAAGAUCGACUUUCGUUUCGACUGAAAGUAGCGUCGGAGAUCGUGGCGUGAGUGAAGAACAUCAGCGAUCGUUAACGAUCAAGAGCGUUGAGCCUCUCCGUGCGGGAUCGCAAAGAAUCGUGUCACGAUUCCUCACGGUCGUUACGAUUCUUUAUUAACGUCAACCUCAGGAAGCAAUUAUUUACCUGGGACGAACUCGCAGUACCGAUUGUCAGUAUUUGCCAAAGUCACUCGAUUGAAUAUCACCUUGGUCGCGUACGCAGUUCUGGUAUCAUCGUCCAGGGUUAAUGAUCGUCUUGAAGGUUUACGAAAUCGUGUCAGUGCCAUUAACGAUCUUACCUUGUUGCCAAAGUUACCGUUCGUCUUGUAAGUACCAAUCAUACUGAACGAGAGCUGCUUUUUGACGUUAGUGGCUUACUUGUGAUGAUUACGAAUCCUUGUUUGAUGUGAUGAACCCAGAUACACCACAUAAUAACUCCGCGACACUGAUGACUAUGUGAUUCCGCGUAUAAUAAUUAUAAAACAGUGCAAGGACUGUUCUCGACCUAAUGAUAUCACAUGCUGCAUGAUUAUCAAUGUUUCCGCGUAAAAUAAUUUCACCAUGGAUCCAACGGAUUAAACGGAUUGAAUGGAUCAUCCUGAAGGAGAGGCUGCCGCUCUACGUCUCGUGUCACCUCGUGACCGGGGGUCUUGACGAGUUUCCCGAGUAACAGGAACACGAGGUGGUCUUAGUACAGGAUCCUCAGGCACGCAGGGUCUAAGGAUCAACGGAGAGGCAUAGACAAAUAGCUCCUAGGGAAAGAGGAGGACGUGAAAGUUUUCCUAAACCUAUCAGUAUAAGACCGAACCGGAAGGAAAGAUGUUACAAAGUUGUUCCGGAGGCUCGAGAUGCGUCCGCAAGGCCUUGGUCUUCGUGUUCGCUUGGGGCCUUAUUAUGAUAGCAGCCAUCCAAUUCCGUCACGCGGAAAACAACGUGUUCCGGGAGAACGUGGUAGUCGAUGGGGUCGGGGUCGUGGCCGGGGUCGAAGGCCAGCCACCCCAAGUUUCCGGUUUGGGUUCCUCACGAUUUCUUCUGCAGCAGCUGAUCGAUUCGAGUAUCACCCGCGAGGGCGGCGCUGCCUCCGCUUCGGCUUCGACGACGACCCAAAGUCCUCUGGAACUGGAGCCUCUACUGGACAAGAGGGCCAGCAGGUCCGAGGAUGAGCUCAUCGAGGAGAUAGAGAAGCGUCUACCUAGUCUGCCACUUGCUUACUGGAACAGGAACAAGAAUAAUAAGCAAAUGUUUUAUGGAAAUGACAGCUGUGCAAAGUACCCAAGUAUAUUUGACCUUGAAUUCAACAACGUUUACUGGCAGAGCAUGAGAACCAGUAACGGGACUUUCCAACUGUUCGGGGCCUACUACGAUAGGCGAAAACUCUCCAGGAUCGGACCGGCUGUCAGGAUCGUUGGUAUGAUCAACAGAAUCGAACCAACUGUUAAAACCUUCUGUCAGAUGUGGUUCGAAGGCGAGAAGGAGCCUCAGCUAGUCGAGACUCUGGAAUACAAAUACAUCUGGUACUCAAAAUGGGGCAAUUACAAGCAGGGUAUAUAUCAGCCCUAUGUAAUAGCCUGCAAGGUGCCCCAAUCACAUUGGAAGAAGGGUCCGCCCACUUCCGUCUCCAUGGUGGAAAAAGCUUGCCAUACCGCCACCAAUAACCUGCGUGUGAUAUACAAUAAGCCUGAACAAAAAAAGGACUUUGCCGUCUGCGUGAAAGGACUCGACUUCCUGCAUGAGGAUCUCUCCGUCAGAUUGGUCGAGUGGAUCGAGCUGAUUAGCCUGCUUGGUGCCGAUAAGAUAUUCUUCUACGAGCUUCAGGUUCAUCCCAACAUCACGAAGGUUCUCGAACAUUACGAAAAGUUGGGAAAGGUUCAAGUGACACCCCUGACACUUCCCGGCGGCCAACCCAACGUUCCUGCCUUUCAGCACAUGUAUCUUACUAAAAAGACUAAUCAUAAACGACAGAACGAACUGAUACCGUAUAACGAUUGUCUUUAUAAACACAUGUACGAGUACGAGUACAUUGCGUUACUUGAUAUCGAUGAGGUAAUAAUGCCAGUGCGCGACACCACCUGGCAACAGCUCAUGCAGAGAGUAAUGCCAAAGGCGCUUAAAAUACGCAACGAGACUCGCGCCUCCUACAACGUGAGAAACGUCUACUUCCUCGAUGAUCUUCUUCAUUCGCAUGGAUCCUUCAAAGACGUGCCUAGGUACAUGCACAUGCUGCAGCAUGUGUACAGGUCGAAGAAUUUCACGAAGCCAAAUCAGUAUAUCAAGUGCUUUCAUAAUCCAGAACGCGUGGUCACCCUGCACAAUCAUUUUCCACUGGCCUGUCUUGGUGCCGGCUGCACCAGCUAUCCCAUUGAGACCGAUGACGCUCAACUGCAACAUUAUCGUGCCGACUGUGUUAAAUCUUUGAAAAAGUCCUGCGUCGAGUACAGGGAGAAUAGCGUGAUGGACACUACGAUAUGGCGGUACAAGGAGAAGCUUAUUGAACGCGUGACCAGAACCUUGAAGACCCUUGGAUUCUUCGGGCCGAGUUAGCCUUCCCUAGUGGCUACUUGUUCUGGAUGGAGUACCACGGACGGCCGUCGUGGUUCUAAUUUCGUAUGAAGUAUUGGAUUUAGCCAUAGGGCAUCCUUUGCGAGCUUCCCGGAGUAACCUGGAUGUUGGUUGUAACGUUCAGGAAGCUUUGCUAAGGUCGACGAUGACGAAGAUCCACUUGGAGUUCUUCCUUAGACUAGUUUAUGAAUGUGUUCCAUAUGAAUACUGCGUUUCCUCGAGUUGAUGGUGUACCAAAAAAAAAUUCGAACGUCAAAUUAGACUAAGUCGAUGAUGAGGAUUUAGAGAAUGGAGUCUAGGGCGGUGGACUCUAUUGAGAUGUUUUUAAAUUUUUAGAUUUUUAAGCUAGGAUAAAGAGUCGUCGAGGGAACGAGAAUAUAUGUUAUUCCUUUGUUUCUUCUUGUUCCAUGUUUAAUUCUUGUAUUGUUACAUACUCGUGUUCCUUGGCUCUCUCGACCUCUUUGAGGAACGACUCGUCCACCACAGAUCGCUGGUGCACCAGGAUGUAGCAUUCCCUGCGGUCGACGCGUCGUUCCUCCAUGGGCUUGUUUCGCGAAUCUUCUAUUAAGGUUUUGGAUAUUCGCGAAACGAUCCUCGUCACGCAUUUGUUUGCGUAUCUCGUAGUUUUCGUGCCUUUCGUACUUGUAGUAGGUAAACAAAAAAAAUUAUAAAAGACAAAAAUAUCUUGUUCAAUGGUGAACCUCGAUCGCUUUCUGCGUCUGCGCGUAAGGCGCCCUUGGUGCGUUCUCGUGGAAAAUUUAGUGAAAAUAAAUUGACAGCAGAGAGGCGAUUGACGUUGCACCAUGAAUGCAAUUUCUUUGGCUGUUAUUUCCAGUAUCUAUAUGAUGUGAAUCGAGAUCGAUUUUCAAUAAGUAUAAAAUCUCGAAAUACAAGAGACGAAAGAAAAAAGAAAGGAAAAAAGAUUGUUCAAUUUGCGAUGUUAUUGUUCUCGGUAGAUUAAAUUUCUAAUACGUUCCCAAGGAAGUUAUAGCCCAGUCGAUUCGUUUGUACAGCAACGGUCGAGAGAAUCGACGCGAUUAAUAAAGAAUGAAAGAAUGUUCUCACGUA